GCAGCCUUUCCCAGGUUAGCUACUUCUAAGUCCUACUCCUUCACAGGGACUAUCCCCCUGAGCUACUUUGACAUAGCCUAGUUACUCAAACCACAGAUUCCUCAGCACUGGCUGGACUGCAGAUAAGACACUACCUACAAUCAAGUUGAUAAGCCACAACAGAAACACAUGCAAGUUUAGAAUCUAACAAUCUAACAUAAAGCAUUGGCUCUCUUCUUCCAUCUUAACAAUUUCAUGCAAGGUCUAAAGAAACUGCCUCAUCAAAAGAAUAAGUCUUUAAAUUAAAAAAAAAAAAAGACCUGAAAAUGGGUCUAUUGAGUUCCAAAAGUAAAGUCCAGGAAGCUCGAAUUCUUCUGCUGGGACUGGACUCUGCGGGGAAGUCUACUCUCCUUUAUUCAUUAUAGUUUGCUAAAGAUAUUGUGACCAGACCAACAAUUGGUUUCAAUGUGGAGCUGAUUGAGCUGGAAAAGACUUCCACCACAAUCUGGGAUGUUGGAGGACAGGAGAAAAUGAGAGGUGUUUGGGACUAUUACUGUGAGAACACUGAUGUGUUGCUGUAUGUUGUGGAUAGUACAGAUAAGCAAUGACUAGAAGAUUCCAGAAGAGAGUUUGAACACAUUUUGAAGAACAAACACAUUAAAGGUGUGCCUGUUGUCCUAUUAGCCAACAAACAAGAUAUGCCUGGAGCUCUGACUGCCAAGGACAUCACCAGAAUGUUUAAAGUAGAGAAGCUCAGUGACCGGAGCUGGUAUGUACAGCCUUGCUGUGCCCUCACUGGAGAGGGCAUGGCUGAAGGGCUCAGGAAAUUAACUGCAUUUGUGAAAAGCUAUGUAAGAGGAGACACUUUCGCAUUCUUCAAGUAGAAUGAGGUUCAAGUCAUGAAAGACACGUUGAUGAAACUGAAAGGGUAAUUUUUUUUUAUCCAGGUCAAGUGAGAAAAGAUUGCUGAGCUGCUUUGCCUCAGAUGUUAUUUCAACUAAAAAUAAUUAAAUAAUUCAGAAUAAUUUCCAGAAAAACUAUUUUUGGCUAAGUACUUUAGCAAACAGUGUGGUAAUGAUGAUUAAGAAGGACAAAUUUACAAUUUUGUACACAUUUCAUGAUUUAAAAUAACUGGGUAUGGAACAAAAUGAUUGAUUUAAUAAUUUUAUAUGACUACUAAACAAAAUUUAAAUUAUUUGCUAAUAGAGUUGGAGUUCUUUCAGAUUGUUUCUUGCUGUUACAGAUAUUGAAUUUCCAUCAUGCUCCUGUGUAAUAGCUGGGUGAUGUAAAAAAUGAACUGUAAAUUAUAGAGAGGAAAAAGUUGAAUGGCAACCCCUACCCCCUAAAUAUUUUC